AUGUUGGCUGGGUGUUCUAGUUCUACAUUGGUGUCACCAAGGCAUAGAUUGAGGAGUGAAGCAUCUGCACAAUUUCAAGCUUGCCAUUUCCAGCUGCCUUCAAUGAACACACAGAGACUGGACUUGCCCUGUAGCUUCUCACGAAAAGACACUUCAAGGUCACAGCCCAUUAGGCCUGUUGGCCUCUCAGUUGAUAAGCCAAUUGAGUCCAAGACUAGCAGUUGUUCUCUGAAGCAAAACAUCCGUCUGCCGCCUUUGGCUACCAGCAACAACCAGAGAGAGAUCAAAGAUGAGUUUUGGGAGAAGGGUAAGAGUCUGAAGAGGUUUGCAGAAGGAGGGUUGGUUGAUGAGUCUUGCAUUAAUAGGGCUAAGAGGAAAAAGGGUAGCAGUGAUAAUGAUGGGAAGAGUGAUGAUAUUCAUGGAAGUGGAGAUAGUUUGAGUUUAGGCCAAUUGAGUAGUGGGAACUUUUGGUUUCAGCAAAGUUUCACUGGCCAAAAUGUCCCCCAAGUUCCUUUUACUUUGACUUGUUCAGGGGAGGAUGACAGGGUCUGUUUCGUGCCUAGUGAUUUGAUCUCACCACCCCUGCCAUUGUCAAACAUUCCUUGGGUGGAAUCAAUUAUCACUGAGAUCACUGAUUUGGGUGAAAAAGAUGGUGAUGAGACCAGCCAUAGGCUGGCAAAAGAGGUUUCAGCUUCAAGUAUCUCAUCAGAGAGUCAUAAUUUGGCUCUUAGGCUGCAUGAGAAUCCUGGGGAGCAUGAUGUGGGUAAUGGGUCUAAGAAUCCUUAUCCACAUCAAGGGGGUGUGGAGGCUAGUGAGGAGGAUAAGAAUCCAGGGGGGAAUCAAGGUUUCGAGCUUGUCAGCUUACUUACUGCUUGUGUUGAAGCAAUUGGGACAAGGAAUAUCCCUGCCAUCAAUCAUUAUAUUGCUAAGUUGGGGGAUCUAGCUUCUCCAAGAGGGAGCUCUAUAAGUCGCCUUCUUCUGAGAAGUUAUACAUGUUGCAAGUUUCUUGAUAGUGCCCCUCAUAUUUGUGUUAAUUUCUAUGUUGUUAGAAGCAGGAAGCUCAUCCAUCAAGAUGAAGCUGAAGAUCUGGAGGAGCAGCCUCUAGUUAGGCACAGGUCUAGACACAUGUCUUCUGGCUCUGUGGAAUUGCCCAAAGAAGCUGGGGUUAUUGAGGCUAGCUCGCCUUCAAGUCCUGGACAACAUGAUAUCAGUGAUCUUCCCACGCACAAUGGAAUGCAUUCCCAGAUGAGUGGGGUGGCAUUUCUUCUGAGGAGCAUGAUAGCGGUUAUGCUUGAGGCUGCUAUGUUUGGUGGGAUUCCUGAAAGUGGAUAUAAUUAUCCAUAG